AUGGUCAGGGCGCGCCUGCGGGCCCGGAGUUGCCGCCCACGCUUCUGCUGCGGCGGCAGCAGCCGGGGCAGGGCAAGCCGUCGCCAGCGCGCAGGAAGAGCGAGUCGGUGCUGGACUCGAGCUUCGCAGGGUCGGAGUUGGCCAGGUACGAGGAGAGCCACUUGCAACAUCAGGACUCGACCCCCCCGGCCAGGGCCCGCCCGCGCACGAGGCGGCUGCGCUGCGCGAGCUGCGCGAGCAGGAGAGCAGCUGAAGCGCGAGAUCGCGGGGCUGCGCGCCGCGACGGUGUCCGAGGGGCCCCGCGGAGGGCCGCGAGAGGCGCAGAAGGGGCGGCUGCUCGAGCAGGAGUUGCUGGAGCAGGCGCGGCUGCGGCGCCAGAUCAGCGCCGCCAGCCUCGGCGCCGUGAGUUCGGUGGCAGGCGCCCGCCCGCACGACGACCGCCGCCUGCUGCUCCGCGAGGCGCAGCAGAGCUUCGCCUCCGCCGCGGACGCGGACACCUUCAGGUUAUCCAAGGAGGCGGCCCCCUUCAUUCACGACGCGUCCAGAGAUGACUCGCGCGAAUUGUCCUUCAGGCGAGAGGAGCUCGAGCAGCGGCGGCUCCGAACGGAGAUCGCGGCCCGCAUCGGCUCCGGCGCCCAGCGGCAGCCCGGCGGCAGCGCGGCGGCCGGGACGCUGCGGGCUGGCGCGUUCCUCGCUGGUCCUGCGGCGGGUGAAAUUCGCACGGGCACGCCUGCCGAGCCCGUGGCCCAACGCAGGUGA